CGUAGUAUUUGAUACAAGCUUGAAUGGUUAUAAAUUUCUUUUGAUAUAAACAGGUAACCUCAACAGGGUUCCUCAUUGAAUUCAGUUUUUAUUUACAGUUUUGCCUUUCUGGCUGUUAACAAAGCCGUCUUUCUUGAUUGUUCCGACCUGUUGUGCGUCAAGCCGCACAGACAACAGGUAGGGUAUUGCUUCUGUCUACACGUUUUGGAAAAGCCCAACUGCAGACUGUUUUGCGACAAGAUGGCAGGUUACAGCUCAAAAAAAGCCGUCCGAUCAUUUGGAGGCCCUGAUGAAAGUGCCGAUGGAGAAUUUCUCAUCACCCAGUCCCAUCACAUGGCUUGCUUUGGGGGGAAAGUUCACGUCUCAGAAAUGAUCAACCACCGUGUGAAGAUUUUCGAUGUUAGUAACGGGAAUCUCCUGAAGAGCAUUGGUGAACUUGGAUGUUUUGAUGGUGAAUUUAAUGUUCCUGGAGGUAUAGCACUGUGGAAUGACAGCAUUGUUGUUUGUGAUGUGAAUAACAAUCGACUCCAGACUUUCGAUAAUGAUGGAAACUUUGUCAGUGAGUUUGGUAGCCAAGGGGAUGGGCCUGGUUGUUUUGCAAACCCCUCUUCGGUCUGCGUUGAUCCAGAAUCCCAGACAAUAUUUGUUGGCGAGGCAGGCAACACAAGAGUUCAGAUUCUUGACAAGGAUUUCAACCACAAGAGUUUCAUACCAGGGCCACCAUUCAAAAGUUGCAAUCAUAUCAGCUACGAUGGAGCCAAUAAACGAGUAAUAGUGACCGAUCACGAAGCUGAAAGUAUAUCUUUCUUCGAUGCAGAAACUGGUCAGUCUGUAUCUAGCCUGACUGGGGAGGGCCAAGAGUUUAAAGGUGCAUUGAAAGCUAUCGCUGACAAGUCUGGCAAUGUUUUGGUAUGUGAAUAUGGCGAGAAAAAGGUUGUUGUAUUUGACAAAGAUGGAAAGAAAGCUGGCCAGCUUGCUGAAGGCUAUGACUUUAAAGGACCAAUGGAUAUCUGCAUCAAUGAGAAUGGAGAGGUUGUCCUUUUGGAGGGUGACAUAUUUGCUGGAUGGAACAGAGUGACUGUUUUUUGAAUUAGCACAUAAAAUUUCAACAUUUUCUCAAAGAAUUGGGUAGAUUGGUUUGUGCAUGUAGUCUGUUUACACUCACUAGGUUGCUGUUUCUCACCUAUUUGCAUCAGUAUUAUUGAAAUUAAAAAUAAAGAUUAAUUCAAAAUGAACAUAUUCCUUCAAA